CAACUCAUUUUUAAAUACACACUGAAUUGUGAUCAGGUUGCAUCAAAUUUGUUAUUAAAUAAAGUAUAAUAUUUGAUUAAUAAUAUAAUGGCGUUUAAACAUAAGAAAACACUGAUCGCGGUCAAAAUAGCAUUAGGAGUGUUAUAUAUCCUGGGAAUUAUUGGGUGUGUGAUUCUGAUAGUAAUCCUUGCGCUCGAAUUAGCAGAAAAGGAUCCAGAUAUCAACAAAGCUAUCAAUAAAAAUCAUGUGUCAAUAGCAUUGGGAGGCGUCGUGAUUACACUGUUAAUAGCGGUCGUGGGUCUGGUGGGUAUCAUCAAAGAGAUCAAAUGGAUUGUAACAACUCUACUGGUGCUGCAUAUCAUAGGAAUUAUCAUGAACCUCACCAAUGGUGAGGUGACCCAUGGCCUGUGCGGUAUUGUUUCCUCCAUACUGACCGGGGUAUUACUAUACCUCAUCAUACAGAAGCAAAAUGAGGGACUGGAGGUCCCGAACACUAAUAAGGUGUAAACAUAUUAAAUAGUCGUGUAUUUAAUAAAUCAAAGAAUUUGAUUACAAAUUCUUUUAAGAGUUA